UGCUCUGUCUGCGUGCCUUGCUUAACCAUCUCAUCACCACAGCUAUCUCACCCAUGGAAAACAAAAUGGCGCAAAUGUAUCCCCUGCUCGGCAGCGAUCCUCAGAGCGAUGAGGGGGACAGUGAUGACGAAAAGGAGCCAACCUUUUCCCUGCCUGACCUGUACCCCGAGCCUGCUGAAUACGACUCCGACUGUUAAGUAGCUCUGAGUGUAAAUGUGUUUGUGCUCAUAAAAAUGACCUUACAGCUGAAAAUCUAAUUGAAGUGGCUGUUCCAAAGCGAAAUGAGAAUUUGAGCAAAAAUGUGAUAAACAAAACAAAGUACACAUUUGUCAAAACUGUACAUAACUCCAAUACUACAUGCAAAAGUUACUUUCCACCACUUUUCAGCAGACGGAGAAAAGAGAAAGUGUCUUUAGCAGAGGAUGAACUUUGGCAGGUUUAAAAGUAACAAUGGCAAAUGUUGAUUAGCAGUGGCGCUAAAAUAUUCUAUAUUCAAUCUUAAAGUUGUUUUGGGGCCUUGGAGGCGUUGGCCAUCUUUACCAGCACAACACGUUCUUGCUGACUGGCCUGCUGAACACUUUAUUCUUUGCUUUUUUUUUUUUUUAUUACCUUAUAUUACUUCCUCUAUGUGGUGAACCAUGUUGUGGUCGUCUGUUUUUCAUACCAAUCUUUAACCAAUCAGCAUUCGACCCAGCAAAAACCAUUUGCAAGUUUGAGAACUAUAUCACCAUCUGGAUGAGAAACUCCUCACUCUUUGAACAGACGCUCUACUCCUCACUCUUUGAACAAGCGACUCUACCAAAUGGACAACAAACUGUGGAUUGCAUGCUUUUGGAAAAUGGCCAUGGCUGCACUUUUGGCAGCAGCGCUAAUGGGAAAGAAUGAUGCCAAAGCUGAAAUCCAGCUAGAUAUGGCUCCAAACUCUGUUGAUGACAUGUACGCUGGAUGUGAAAGCAAGAUGGAAGCUCUAGUGAAUAGCACGUACUUGGUGAAUGAAUUAAAGAAUGACAAAGUUUUUGAAAAGGCUUGGAAGAAUGCAACGAUAAAUAAAAAUCCUGAGCUGUCAGAGUAUCAGAGAAGGGCUGUUUAUGUUUAUACAGAUAAAGAUACAAAUAUCUAUUCCGUCUUCAAUGAAAAGGUUCGAACCCAGAGGUCCAGUUACAAGACUGAGGCAUUCAAGUAUCAUUCACUGCACUUCUUCCUCACACGCGCCCUUCAAACUCUCAAACUUAAAAAUAAAAAGUGUCUCACUGGAUACCGCAGAACCAACCUCAGCUUCACCUACAACGGAACGUUUCGCUUUGGGUCCUUCACCUCCAGCUCACAUACUACAUACGCUAAUGAUACAUUUGGAACUAAAACGUGCUUUGAGAUAAACACCUGCUUUGGAGCCGAAAUCUCAUCGUAUUCUGCGUUUGAGUCAGAGAGAGAAAUCCUGAUUCCUCCUUAUGAGGUUUUUAAAGUCACAAAGACAGAGAGAACAACAAAAAAGAAACCUCUUCCAUGUGAGGUGGUCUACACAGUUAAAAGCGAGAGAACUCAAUCCAAUUUGAAUUGUGCUCUUGUGAAAAAAAAGUGACACAUUUAACAGAUGUUUGCUAUUGUUAUAAAAAAAAACAUACAGAAUUGUGGCAGAUUAGUCAAUUAAUAUUUUAGAAUCUAUUUAAAAUUGGACCCACAGAUUCAAAUAAAGGUAUAAUAUUAUUACUGUUCCAGUGAUAUAUGUACUGUGUAAAGCACGUUCUGUUUUGUAAACCACAGUUUCAUAGACUAUUACAUGUACUGUCGACUAUAUUGUGCAA